AUGGCUAGUUCGUUCUUCCGCAAAUUGUUGCUUAACUUAUCUUUUGAAGAUGAGUUGGAGGUUGUUUUUAAUGAUGAUGAUGGAUCAACAUCCCAGCGUGGUCGCAAUCGGCAGCGACGGCGUGAUCAUAUUCAAGAGCAUGAACAGCUGUUUCGUGACUAUUUUGCAGAACCACCAGUAUAUCCCUCAAAUCUUUUUCGAAGGAGAUUCCGUAUGAGUCGUCCGCUAUUUCUUCGUAUUCUUAAUGAGGUUGAGGCUUACAAGCCCUACUUCAUCCAAAAAAGAGAUAAUGUCGGGAGACUUGGUUUAUCUUCUAUGCAAAAGAUAACUACUGCCAUUAGAAUGCUUACGUAUGGAGUAACUGCAGAUUUUAUGGAUGAAUAUAUACGAAUUGGUGAAAGCACCGCAAUGGAGAGCCUAAAAAAAUUCGUAAAGACAAUCAUUAUUGUUUUUUCUAAUGAAUAUUUGUGGUUUCCAAAUGCUAAUGAUAUUGCUCGAUUGCUCGUGGUUGGUGAACAACGUGGAUUCCCCGAGAUGCUUAGAAUCAUUGAUUGCAUGCAUUGGAAGUGGAAACACUGUCCCGCUGCGUGGAAAGAGAGAUAUUUUAUUUUCACGGAACUGGUACAAGGCCGUGCUCCAGAAGUAAAUUACUCAGUCAAUGGCAAUGAGUACAAAAUGAAGUACUACCUUGCUGAUGGCAUUUAUCCAAAAUGGUCAACUUUUGUCAAGACAAUUCCAUUUUCACAAGGGAACAAGAAAACACAUUUUGCAGUAGCACAAGAAUUAGUACGAAAGGAUGUAGAGCGUACAUUUAGGGUCCUUCAACAACGAUUCGCUAUCAUUCGCGGACUUUCACGAAUGUUUAAGAUGAAAGAUCUUAUAUAUAUAAUGAAAGCAUGUGUUAUUCUGCAUAACUUGAUCAUCGAAGACGAAUGUGAUGAUAAUCUGGUCCCGAACAUUGAGUAUGAUCAACUUGAUGACGAAUUUCCAGAACUGUCGCACAAUUGUACAACCGAGCUUAUGGACUUCAUCCAGCGUCAUCAUCAAAUUAGAGACAUGUCGGCAUAUCAUCAGUUUCAAGCAGAUCUUAUUGAACAUCAAUGA